AUGUAUUUUGAAGGUUCUGUAUCGACCAAAGCCCCAGCUACUAGACCGACGAAGGCAACCAACAAACCCACAAAAUAUUCGGUAACAACGAAUAAACCGGCAUCUUCAACUGUGAAAGUGACGAAGAAACCCACUUUCCUCACUAAACCCACCAAACGGACAGCAGCUACUACCAAACGCAAAACUGUUAAACCUAUAACAACCUCAACAACCACAAAACCACCUACAGUUACAACAGUGAAAUCUUCAAAAUCUACAACGAAGACAACAACAUUUUCAACUAUAACAGAACCAAAGGUGACAACAAUGUCACCCUCUCCAAUUGAUGGUAGCACGAAUGAUUCAACCACAUUGGCGCCAAUAGAGCAGACUACCAGAAUACAAAAUGAAACAACGACCAGGCAACCUGACUUGGUCACAACUUUGUCAAAUGAAGUGACCAUCGAGAAAUCAAAUGCGUCACAAGUUCUGGAAACGGUUAAUGGUAAUCCAGCAACUAAUGAAAUUGAAGGAGGUCGACCAGUCGAACCAGUAGGACCCCCUGUUAACAGCGAACCCACUGAUAAACCUGGAAUAAGUAGGCCUGUUGGAGCUUUGAUCAAAAAUGGUUUUUUUUUCGUUACAGAAUGGGUACCAAUAACAACACCAGAUGGCUGGGUACUACUUCCUAGUGUAGCACCAGUGAAUUCUCCUGAUGGAAACAAAACAGAUUCACAUUCGACAACAAUUAUUCCUCUAGAAGUACAAACCGUACUACAAUCAUCAUCAUCAACUGCAUCUUCUAUGCAAGAACCAUCAACGGAGUUGCCAGAAAGACCAACCGAGCAUGCAUUCACUACUAUUUUCCCGAGUAUUCUGAAUACGACGGCGGUUUCUGCACCAACAGAAGUCUCUGAGACAGAGUUGCCUAGUUCUGAGUUACCAUCGACAGAGAGUCCUCCCGUGAGUACAGCAACGACGUCAGAUAUGAGUAACAUUCCAGUCAAUAUGAGCGAUUUCACUCAUGUGUGCGGAAGACGGAUGUUUCCCGAAGCAAGGAUAGUAGGCGGUGAGAAAUCUUCCUUCGGAAAAUGGCCCUGGCAGAUCUCUUUGAGGCAGUGGAGGACAUCGACGUACCUACACAAGUGCGGAGCAGCACUGCUCAACGAAAAUUGGGCUAUCACAGCUGCCCAUUGUGUUGACAACGUCCCACCCAGUGACCUACUUCUGCGUUUGGGCGAACACGACCUCUCCACCGAGUCUGAGCCGUACCUCCACCAGGAGCGCAGGGUGCAAAUCGUGGCGUCGCAUCCCCAAUUCGACCCCCGCACCUUCGAAUACGACCUGGCGCUGCUCAGAUUUUACGAGCCGGUCGUCUUCCAGCCCAAUAUCCUGCCGGUGUGCGUGCCGCAAACCGACGAGAACUUUGUCGGCAGGACGGCCUGGGUGACCGGAUGGGGAAGGUUGUAUGAAGACGGUCCCCUGCCCAGCGUCCUUCAGGAAGUCUCCGUUCCCGUCAUCAACAACACGGUGUGCGAGUCGAUGUACCGCGCUGCCGGAUACAUCGAGCACAUCCCCCACAUAUUCAUAUGCGCAGGAUGGCGGCGCGGUGGCUUCGAUUCCUGCGAGGGCGACUCCGGCGGGCCGAUGGUCAUCCAGCGGGACGACAAUAGAUUCCUGCUGGCUGGGGUUAUUUCUUGGGGCAUCGGUUGCGCGGAGCCCAACCAGCCGGGAGUGUAUACGCGCAUCAGCGAAUUCAGGGACUGGAUCAAUCAAAUAUUGCAAUUCUAGACGGAAAUGAUGAUAUCUAUUCAUGCAGGGUACAUCGAUACAGUUGACCAACUCUCUGAAGAUUAUUGUGAAAAUAUUUGAAACAACUACUACUCACGAUGAAUCACCAAAGCUGUGCAGUCUGAUCGACAACAAUUCAUCAAGAUAUAUUGUAUAAGGUGUCUCAUGGUAGCCGUUCGUAAAGAGUUCUCGCGGAUGGGUGGAACUUAAUAUUCUGAAUAUUUUCAAGGUCAUAC